AUGUCUCUUACAGUGAUUAUUAAAAACUUUCAAGCUUUAAAGUGUAAAGGAGAAAAGUUUGCGAGAAUCGAAUUUCGAGGUGUUUCUCAUUAUUCCAGAAAUUUGGAGGAAAAUACUGAACUUAUUACAGUUGAUCAGAGUUUUAUCUGGAAUUUGGGAAGACCUGUCGAUGAAACAGAAUUGUUGCAACUGGCUAUCGUAACUCGAAGUGUGUUAAGACAAGAAAAGACAUUAGCGAGAUAUGGGAUGGUUUUACAGACUGUAGUUAGAGAAGGUCGUAUCCUCAUCACGGAUUCCUUUGUAGAUCUCAAUAAUAGACCAAUACCGACGAUGGUGUGUUUUGAAGUACGAUACAGUCCUCCCAAUGCAAGUUGCAGUUCUUAUGCAGUAUCGGAAAUAAUGGAAGAUGAGCAACAAAUGUUAAUCGAUAUUGAACAAAAUAUUGCUAACUUAGAAAAAAGCUUAGAACAAGCAAAUACAAGCAAGCGUAGAGGAUCUUGGCAACAUACUGAAAAGACACAGAAAAAGACCUUUAUGAAACGUGGAAUAUCUUUAUCAGGGGAAGAAAAGUCCCCCGAUCGGAAAAGAACUUCAACUUUCAAGAAUGUUCGGAAUUUAAUGAAAUUAGGGAAGCAGAGGCCAUCUAGAGACAGAUCAUGCGACAGUAAUUCAGAAACACGGGAACUUUUAGAAAGACAAGAUUCAAGUUGUGCAACAUCUAAUGAACCUUCAAGAACUAAUUCGCUGUCUUCUCUAGACUUAAACCCGUCGGAUAAUGAGAGUCAACUUAGUGCAAACAAUGAUCAACAGAAAGAUGUAAUUGUCAGACCAUCAAAAAGGCAUAAGCCUAAGACAGGUGACACUGGGCAAGCAGCUUUGAAAGCUCAAGAUUAUCAAGUGUGCAUCACCAUAAUCGAAGCAAGGCAAUUAGCUGGACUUAAUAUGGACCCAGUUGUGUGCGUGCAAGUUGGUGAUCAACGAAAAUACACAAGCGUUAAGGAAUCAACGAAUUGUCCAUAUUAUAAUGAGUAUUUUGUGUUCGACUUUCACAUGCCACCAGUGAUGCUGUUUGACAAGAUUAUUACACUUUCGGUGCAGCAAUCACGGAAUUUAUUGCGGGCAAAUGUGACGCUAGGAAGCUUUAAAUUGGAUGUGGCUACUGUUUGGUCUCAGCCAGACCACCAGUUUUAUCACAAAUGGGCCUUAUUAACGGAUCCAGAUGACGUGGCGGGUGGUCCUAAGGGGUAUUUGAAGUGUGAUGUCAGCGUCAUUGGUAAAGGUGACAGCGUAAAGAUUCCACCAAAAAGUGAAAAAGAUGAAGAUGAUAUAGAAGGAAAUUUGUUGUUGCCUGACGGGGUUCCAAUUGAAAGACAAAGGGCUAGAUUUAUUGUCAAAGUUUACAGAGCUGAUGGCUUACCCAAAAUGAAUAGCAGUAUUGUGGCUAAUGUGAAAAAAGCUUUCACAGGCGAAGUGAAAGACCUGGUCGACCCUUAUGUGCUAGUGUCCUUUGCAGGAUUAAGCGGCAAGACGUCUGUUAAGAGACAUAGCUACGCACCCGUUUGGAAUGAGCAAAUAGUGUUCUCAGAGAUGUUUCCUCCUCUUUGUCAAAGGAUAAAAAUUCAAUUGUGUGAUAAUGAUCCUGUUCAUGCGACAGUAAUAGGAACACACUUCGUCGACCUUAAACAAAUCAGUAAUGAUGGCGAAAGGGGAUUUUUACCAACCUUUGGACCAGCUUUCAUUCACAUGUAUGGAAGCAUCAGGGAUUAUAGUUUAAUAGAUGAGCAUUCUAAUCUCAACACAGGGUUGGGUGAAGGCAUUUCUUAUAGAGCAAGGCUAUUGAUUGCCAUUCGAACCGAAAUUACGGAUAACAUUGAUAUUGCUCCAUCUGAGGUAGAAGUUGAAUUGACGGUGCCAGUUAAUGAAGUAGCUUAUGCGAGAAAUGAAGAAUUUUUCUUAUUCGCAUCCAUCAUGGAUGCUACAAUGAUUGACAAAAAAUUAGGUGAUAAGCCAAUGUACUUUGAAAUUUCAAUUGGGAAUGCUGGAAAUGCUCUAGAUGGUCACAACGAGAGUUCCAAGAUUUGUGAAUUGAGCCCUAGACCCAGUGGUAGUGGGGAUGAAGAAGAUAUACAACAAGUUGUUACUGCUUCAUGGCAAAGCACUACACCAGCUAGCAAACCAAUGACUCAUGAUAAAAUUUACUAUUUUCUACCAUAUUGGGACAAUAAACCGUGCCUUCAUGUCAGAAGUGUCUGGCCGGAUUACAGGAGAAGAAUGUAUAAUAGCAACAUUAUUAACAAAAUAGCAGAUAAAUUGGAGGAAGGAUUAUCAGAUGUACAGGCACACAUCCAAGAUUCCAUUGAUGGUGAAAGACUACUAAAGGCAGUACUAGAAGAACUUAGCAGUAAUUGCAAUCGUUAUAUCAGUAUAAGUAAAUCCAGUAUGACUGGUCCUGGAGUCGGUAAGACAAAACUCGAUAAAGAGAGAAUGAAAUUAUGUCAAACUGAAUUAGAAAAUAUGGCUGUUAUGUCUAGAAAUUUAAAAGCUAUCGUCACUAAAAGUAGUUUCAAGGAAAGGUUUAAGACUGCGCAAAGUUAUUUGCAGAAACUUAAGUUUCUUGUUGAGGAUCCACAAGAUUCUCUUCCUGAUGUUUUUAUUUGGGUUAUAAGUUCAGGAAGACGAGUGGCAUACCAUCGAAUCUCUGGUAGAGACAUAAUUUAUUCUAUUGUUGACGAAGAAUGUGGAAAAUAUUGCGCCAAAGUACAAACAAUAUUUUUAAAGCUUCCAGGCAAAAAGAGACUUGGUCCAUCUGGCUGGUCGAUUCAAACUAAACUACAGAUUUAUAUGUGGCUUGGAAUUCUAAAGCAUAAAAAGUAUUUUACUCAGGGUUUACCACAAGGCUAUGAAAUUAAUCAUGAGUUAAAAAAUAUUGAAAGACCUCGAGCAUUGCCACCGUCCAUUAUUCAUUAUGUUGAAAAGCACAAAUUUCAACUGAGGGCUCAUAUGUAUCAAGCGAGAUCACUAAUUGGCAGUGACGCAUCCGGACUUUCUGACCCUUUCGGUCGAGUAAUUUGUGGCGAAUUUUGCAAAUGUACACAAGUUAUUGAGGAGACUUUGAGUCCAACAUGGGACGAACUUUUAGUGUUUGACGAUAUUCUAAUUUUUGGAACAGAAGAAGAAAUUAAAAAAGAUCCACCAUCAGUCGUCAUAGAGUUAUUCGACCAAGACAAAGUGGGAAAAUCAGAGUACAUUGGCCGUGCAUUGGCCCGACCACAUGUUAAACUUGCGUUUGAAUCUUAUAUUCCACCACAAUUUCCACCCUCUCUCGAAUGGUACGAUAUAUCUCGAGGUGUUGGAAGAGCAGGUGAGCUCUUAGCUGUUUUUGAGUUGCUUGAAUAUCCUGCAAGCCAAGAUUAUGGUUUUCCUACUCUUCCUGACUUCAAGGUCUCGAAUACUGUUCAAAAUGUGGGUCCAAUAUUACCAGUUCCUAAUGGAAUACGUCCUUCUUUAUCUAAAUAUCGAAUUGAGGUGCUAUUUUGGGGCUUAAGAGAUUUAAAAAGGGUACAUCUGUUGACUGUGGAUAAACCACGCGUGGAUGUAGAAUGCGCUGGCCGUAUUUUAUUUUCAUCCAUCAUCUCUAAUGCAAAAAGGAACCCAAAUUUUAAUACUCCUAUUAAAUUUAUGGAAUUGGAAUUACCAGAACAAGAACUCUAUCGGCCGCCGUUAACCAUCAGAGCUGUUGAUUGCAGAAGCUUUGGGCGCUACACACUUGUCGGUACUCAUACUAUAAACUCUAUACAUAAGUAUAUGUAUACUCCUCAUACCAAGAGAGCCAGAGACAUUGAAGAAAGGAAGAAAAGUCUGAUUCAGUUGCAGUGUACUACAGAAUCACUAGCUGCUGGUAUUGACUGCAAUAAUGGAGAUACAAUUAUAAUUUUGGGUUGUGAGUCAAACAUAGGGUCUACAAAAAAAGAUAAAACUGAAAAAAAUCUACGUCGUAAGAAAAGCUUAAUUAUUGAUGGAAGUACAGGUGAUUUAGAUUCUAUUGAGGAUGACGAGAGUUGUCAAGAUUGGUGGACUAAAUAUUUUGCAUCGGUUGAAGCUAUGAUUGAAAAGAAUAAAGAGGUACGUCGAGAAAAGUCUGUUUUCCAAUUCCAGAAUAAAAACAGUACCAGCAACAACAGUAAUGGCAAUGUACCAAAUUUCUUUGAAGAGGACUUUUUCAGUCCAGCUCUGAUUGCAAGUGCUGAUAAAAGUCCUGGAAUACAAUCGACAAGAAAAAUAUUUAGUUUAAAAUCAUCUGCUCAUGCAGCAAAAUUCGUAGCAAAAUUAAGUCCAAAACACAUCUCGCAAAAUAAAAACUUUCAGAAAACGGCUCUCCUAAAAAUCUAUCCUAAGGAAUUAGAGGCCGAACCAGGGUUCGAGCAUUUCAAAGAAUGGUUACAUACUUUUGAACUUUAUCGAGGAAAGAAAACCAACGAUGAACCAGAAGACGAGUCUAGAAUUGUUGGAAGCUUUAAAGGAGCAUUGAAGGUGUAUAAGUGGCCUUUACCAAAAGAUUUAAUCGAUUACACAAUUAUGGGAUUCGAUCCACAGUACGGUUUCUUUCAAGGAUUACCAUCCAACGAACCGAUACAUGUACUCGUUAGAGUUUAUAUUGUUAAAGCUAAUGAUUUACAUCCUUCUGAUUUGAAUGGAAAAGCCGAUCCAUACGUUGUCCUUCAGUUAGGUUCAAAGAGGAUCAGUGAUAAGGAAAAUUAUGUUUCUAAACAAUUAAAUCCAGUAUUUGGAAAGUGCUUUGAGAUUGAAGCAACUUUUCCUCAAGAUUCACUACUGACUGUGCAGAUUUUAGAUUGGGACUUGGUUGGCUCGGAUGAUUUGAUUGGAGAAACAAAAAUUGAUUUAGAAAACCGAUUUUACAGCAGGCAUCGAGCUACCUGCGGUCUUCCACGCAGAUAUGAUGAGUCAGGUUACAAUAAAUGGAGAGAUGCCCUGAAACCAACGCAAAUCCUGUCGAAACUGUGUAAGGAUGUAAAAGUGGAUGGUCCAGUAUAUUCGCCUGGCCAUGUAUCAAUUUGCCGAAAAAAUUUUUCCAUAUCAAGUGAAGAAAUGGAACAUUACGUGCACUCGAAAGGUAUGGAAGAACACUUGGCAUUAGCAGUACUUCAUGAAUGGGCUGCUUUUCCUCGAAUCGGCUGCAGUUUAGUUCCUGAACAUGUUGAGUGCCGAUCCCUAUAUAAUCCCGAGAAACAGGGCAUAGAGCAAGGAAAAUUGGAAAUGUGGGUUGACAUGUUCCCUAUGGACAUGCCUUUGCCAGGCCCGCCCAUCGAUAUCUCACCCAGAAAACCAAAAAGUUACGAAUUGAGAAUAAUUGUUUGGAAUACUGACGACGUGGUACUUGAAGAUGAUGCAUUUUUCACUGGAGAAAAAAUGAGCGAUAUUUACGUAAAAGGGUGGUUAAAAGGACAAGAAGAUUGUCAAAGUACUGACAUUCACUAUCGUUCAUUGACUGGCGAAGGAAAUUUUAAUUGGCGUUUUAUAUUUCCAUUUGAAUAUCUCGUCGCAGAAGAGAAAAUAGUAAUUAACAGAAAAGAGAGUUUAUUCAGCUGGGAUGAGACAGAAUGUAAAAUUCCGGCACGCUUGGAAUUGCAAGUAUGGGACGCAGAUCAUUUUUCAGCUGACGAUUUUCUCGGUGCGAUCACACUAGAUUUAAAUAGAUUUCCAAGGGGCGCAAAGAACAGUAAACUGUGUACACUAAAUAUGUUAAAGACAGAUGGUUCAGUUCCAACUGUAAAUAUAUUUAAACAAAAACGUAUUAAAGGCUGGUGGCCCUUCUACAUCAAAAAAGAAAAUGAUGAUAUGGAACUAACGGGAAAAGUUGAAGCUGAAAUACAUUUAUUAACGAAAGAAGAAGCUGAAAGAAACCCGGCCGGCUACGGUAGAAGUGAACCAGAUCCACUAGAUAAACCAAAUCGUCCAGAUGCUUCAUUCAUGUGGUUUGUAAAUCCACUCAAGUCCAUCAAGUACAUCGUCUGGCACAAUUAUAAGUGGCCCAUUUUAAAAGCCAUCGUCGCUUUUGCUCUGAUACUUCUACUUAUAUUGUUUUUCUACGCAAUACCUGGAUACUCUGUCAAAAAAAUACUAGGUGCCUGAACACAGUUUUAGAUAAGUAUUAAUGUGUGCCACAAUAUGUGACCGUCUGCGAAGAAAGGGACCUAAUGAGGAAAAAAUAUAUUUUUAGUUUUUUACACCAGUCGACAGUUUUCUAUUUGCCAUUUCACAAUAAAAAGUAUUGUUCCUAUACCUGAGUUGGACUAUAUCUGCUGUGUUGGACCGCCUCUUCAAUCACUCUUCCCGUAAAAUGAAACAACCGCGCGUGAGGUACUUUUCUUCGCGGACGAUAACAUUUUUUAAACUUGGUACUAAAAACUUUAUUGCGUACUGCUAUAUUAGAGGUUUAUUAAAACUUUUAAAUGGAGUUAAACAAGUCAAUCUUUGAAUCAACUUUAUAUAUAUUAUCAACAUCUUUAAAUUUUACUGAAAUCUAUAUAAUGACAUACGUAAUUUUAUCAAAUUUUUACAAUCCUAUUAUAAUAAACAUAUCUGUAAUAUAGUAUAUAUUAGGAUCUUCCACUAAGUUAUGCUGCUAUAUGAAGGUAUAUAUUCAAAUCUCAAUAGUAAUAAGAGUGUGUAUCUGAUAUUUUCAUUUUUGAAAUCCUAUUUCAUUUGCGCCGACUGCGCCCUCUGACUGUAACAUCAUCUGCCUUCAAAGGUUUGUAAAAAUCUACAUGAUGAAC